AUGGCUGAGAGCAUUAAGGUUGUUUGUCGUGUGAGACCGCUUAAUGAUAAUGAGAAAUCAAAGGACAACAGCUACUGCGUUAGCUUCCCGCCGGACUCGUCGAACUUGAUACGCUUGGAAAAGGAUAAAACUUAUGCUUUCGACAAUGUUUUCCAACCGAAAACCCAGCAGCUCGAAAUUUACAAUACGGUAGCUAAGCCCAUCGUAGCUGAUGUGCUCAACGGCUACAAUGGUACAAUAUUUGCCUACGGGCAGACAGCUAGCGGCAAAACCUAUACAAUGGAGGGAGUUCUCGGAGAUUCUGAUUUGCAAGGGAUCAUUCCUAGAAUUGUGCAUGACAUUUUUAACCACAUAUAUCAUAUGGAUGAGAAUCUGGAAUUCCAUAUUAAGGUUUCUUAUUUUGAAAUAUAUUUGGACAAAAUUCGGGAUUUACUUGACGUUUCAAAAAGCAAUUUGUCCGUGCAUGAGGACAAGGAUCGUGUUCCUUACGUCAAAGGUGCGACAGAGCGGUUCGUCUCGACUCCGGCUGAAGUUUUUGAUAUUAUUGACGAAGGGAAAGUUAAUCGUCACGUUUCUGUCACAAACAUGAACGAACACAGUUCUCGCUCACAUUCAAUUUUUAUGAUUACGGUUCGUCAGGAGAACUUGGAAACACAGAAGAAACUUCAUGGCAAGCUGUAUUUGGUUGAUUUAGCCGGUAGUGAAAAGGUCGCAAAGACUGGUGCUGAGGGUAGCACUCUUACCGAGGCUAUGAAUAUCAACAAGUCGCUCUCAGCUCUAGGCAAUGUUAUCAAUGCUUUAGUGGACAACCACGCCCACGUUCCUUACCGCGACUCUAAGCUGACGCGGAUCUUGCAAGAGUCCUUGGGUGGUAACGCCAAGACAACGAUGGUUAUUUGUGUUUCACCAUCCAGUUAUAACGAAUCCGAAACCAAAUCUACUCUUUUGUUUGGCAUGCGAGCGAAGACUAUUAAGAAUAUCGUCACUGUUAACGAAGAAUUAACCGCAGAUGAAUGGCGUCGACGAUAUGAGCGAUUACAAGCAAAGUCUCGUCGCAUGAAGGAGAUAAUCGAUCGCCUUGAGGCCGAAUUAAAACGCUGGAGAGCAGGUGACGCACUUUGGGACUGCCGUGAAAGCGUAAGCUCUACCGAAUGGGUUGUUGCAAUGGAACUCGAAUUGGAAGAGGAGGGAGCUGGAGAUGAAGUAGCGCUAGACACUCCCACGGGUGCACCUCUAAUACCUACAGCCACGACGACUCCCUCUGGUCCUCUGGCGGGCAGACCCACUCAAUUGCCUACGUCUGGUGCCGGUGUACCUGCUGGUGUGAGUGAAGAACAGCUUCAUGCUCUAUAUCAACAGCUAGAUGACAAGGAUGAUGACAUUAAUAAACACACGCAAACCAUUGCUCGAUUGCGCCAACAACUAGAGGAGCAAGAGGAAAUGCUUCGUACCGCCCGAAUGGAAGCGGAAACAAGUCUUGCUGAUGUUGCCCAACUGCAGGCUGAAUGUCAAUCAAGCAAAGAGGAAGCAAAGGAUAUUUUGCAAGCUCUAGAAGAGCUCGCACUCUCUCAUGACCAGCGGGAGGCCGAACUGGCUACCCGCGAUCGCGAGAUUGAGGAAAUCAAGGAGCAACUCGCUCAAACCUCCCUCAUUAUUAAUGGCAAGGAAAGUGAGGUGCAGUUGGCUCGCGACACCCUCGCUGCCCAACGCAAGAAGUAUGCGGAAAUCCUAGGUGCACUCAUUCGAGAUGUUCUUGAUGUCGGCGAGUGCAUGAGUAACCAGCUCCAAAAACCGAACGUAAAUGUUGGUGAACGUUUGGACGAGGAGGUGGCAGUUAUGCGUCUAUACAUGAACAAGAUGAGGACAGAAGCUAAAAUUCUUCACUCGCGUGUCAAUCAACUGGAAGAGGAGAGGGUACAGAACGUGCAGCUCUUGAGAAAAUCCGAAGACGAGGCUAAGGAAUACGCGAUUCGUGUUAGAGAGCUUGAAACCAAGGUACAAAGCCUUACUGACAAAGUGGAUGAUUCAGAUUCUCGCAAACGGCAACUUCAGGACCUGGUCGAUAACUUGAACGCCGACGUUGCUAAAUUGCGCGCCAACGAGCAGUUAUUGGCUGGCUCCAGUUCAACCAAUAGGGAGAUCCUUGCAGGACAGUCAGAAAUCCGCGUUAAGUUAGAUGAGGAAUUUAAGCGCCAAAGUGAACAGUAUGCACAACAAGUGAAACACCUUCGUGAUGAGUUGGAGACUAAGGAUAAGAAAUUGGAGGAACUUAAAGAUGAACUGAAUCAUGUGAAAUUGCAAAAUGAGAAGUCCUCUGAGGAGAGUUCUGCUCUGCGUAAGCAGUUGGAAACUGCGACGCUUCGUCUGGAGACUGUUGAGAAGGAGGAAGCCCGACGUGAGCAGUCAAAGCAAGACCUUCGCGCUUUGGAGGAAACUAUGGUUAAGGAGUUCAAUACUCUCGCCACUCUACGUCGCCUCUUUGUGGAAGAUUUGAAAAAUAGGAUUAAAAAGUCUACGAGUCGGAUGAACGCAGCCAAGGCAGCUGAGGCUGCUGCGGCUCAACAAGAAGGUGAGAAUGUCGAAGUUGCAGGUCUGAAGGAGCUCAUUGGUGAGGAGGAGGAGGACGAAUCUAGUCAAUGGGGAUCGCUUGCGCAACGCGAAAAGAUCUCCUUCUUGGAGAACAACCUGGCCAAAUUGACAAAAGUGCACAAACAGCUCAUCCACGAUAAUGCCGAACUUCGUUGCGAACUUCCAAAACUGGAAAAACGACUUCGGUCGACGGUGGAGCGUGUGCGUAGCUUAGAGAUGUCGUUGAAAGAGGCAAAGGAGGGCGCAAUGCGGGAUCGGAAGCGCUAUCAACAUGAGGUAGACCGAAUCAAGGAGGCGGUUCGUCGUAGGCAGCCGGGUCGUUUUGGCAUCCCCUCGGCCAUGAUUGCCAAACCCAUUCGUGCUGGUCACGCACCUCUCACCGCCUUAGUCGGUGGUGGUGGCUUUGGUGGAGGGAACAUUCGACCUUCCUAA